AUGCAGGUAAUAUAUUCUUUGAACACUAAAAAUGAUGAGCAUGAAUCUGCUAUUCAAGUCCUCAAAGAUGCUCAUGAAGAAGAAAUCCAACAAAUUCUUGCAGAAACCAGAGAAAAAAUACUACAAUAUAAAAGCAAAGUAACAGAGGAGUUAGACCUUAAUAGAAAGAUCCAAGCUCUAGAAGCCUCUUUAGAAGAGCACGUAAAAAUGAAGCAACAGGCCCUGACAGAAUUUGAAGCGUAUAAGCACCGAGUGGAGGACAUGCGGCUCUGUGCAGAAGCUCAGCAUGUCCAGCGCAUAGUCACCAUGUCUAGAGAAGUGGAAGAGAUCAGAAGGAAAUUUGAGGAAAAGUUACAGAGCUUUGGACAGCUCCAAGUACAGUUUGAAAGAGAUAAGCUGUCGGCACUGGAAGAUUUGCGAACUGCUCACAGACGGGAGAUUCAGGAGCUGUUGACGUCACAGCAAGAUCACAGUGCCUCGGUUGGUGAGGGCCAGGCGAAGGCUGACGGGCAGCACAGGAUGGAAGUGGAAACCUUAAGCAAAACUCUUGAAGAGCUGAGGCGCGAACAGAAGACACUCAUUGAGGAUUAUGAAGGCAAGUUGAGUAAAGCCCAGGCCUUUUAUGAACGUGAGCUUGAUACGUUGAAAAGGUCGCAGCUUUUUACAGCAGAAAGCCUGCAGGCUAGCAAAGAAAAGGAAGCCGAUCUCAGAAAAGAAUUUCAAGGGCAAGAAGCAAUUUUACGAAAAACCAUAGGGAAAUUAAAGCUAGAAUUACAGAUGGUACAGGAUGAGGCUGGGAGUCUUCGUGACAAAUGCCAAAAGCUGCAGAUGGCACUUGCUACAGCAGACAACAACAUAUUGAUCCUUCAAAAACAGCUUGAUGAUACCAAGGAGGGAGAAAUGGCUCUCUUAAGCAAGCACAAGGAAGUGGAGAGUGAGCUGGCAGCUGCCAGAGAACGUCUGCAACAGCAGGCUUCCGACCUGGUCCUCAAGUCCAGUCAUAUCGGAAUGCUUCAAGCAACUCAAAUGACCCAGGAGGUUACAAUUAAAGACCUAGAAUCAGAGAAAUCGAGGACCAAUGAGAGAUUAUCUCAGCUUGAAGAAGAAAGAGCUUUUUUGCAAAGCAAAACUCAGAGUCAGGACAAAGAGCAGAAGCAGCAGAUUGUGGAACUGGAGAAGAAAGUAAAUGAAGCAAAGAAAACUCAGCAAGAAUAUUAUGAAACAGAGCUAAAAAACCUGCAAAAUAGAUUGGAAAAAGAGGUGUCCCAAUUAAAUGAGGCUCACUCUAAGACGCUGGAAGAAUUAGCUUGGAAGCACCACAUAGCAAUUGAGGCGGCCCACAGUAAUGCAAUUAAGAAUAAGAAGAAAUUGCAAAUGGAAUUGGAGGAACAAUAUAAAAAGGAGAAACUGAACAUGGAAGAAGAUAAAAAUCAACUUCAGCAAAAGCUAGAAAACCUGAAGGAAGAACUGGAAGAUAAGCUGAAUACAGCCAAUCAAGAGGUUGGCCGUCUGCAGGACUUGGUAAGGCAAAGUGAACAAGGUCUUGGCUCUGCAGAAGGACUCAUUGUUAGUCUUCAGGACUCUCAGGAAAGGCUUCAAAAUGAACUUGACCUGACUAAAGGCAGUCUAAAGGAGACCAAAGAUGCUUUAUUAAAUAUUGAGGGAGAACUGGAACAAGAAAGGCAGCAGCAUGAAGACACGCUUUCGGCCAUGAAGGAGGAAGAGAAGCUCAGAGUGGACAAAAUGGCCCACGGCUUAGAAAUAAAAUGGACCGAAAAUCUUAGACAAGAGUGUUCUAAACUUCGUGAAGAGUUAAGACUUCAACAUGAAGAGGAUAAGAAAUCAGCAAUGUCUCAACUUUUGCAAUUAAAAGAGCGAGAGAAAAAUGCAGCCAGGGAUUCAUGGCAGAGAAAAGUAGAAGAUCUCUUAAACCAGAUUUCCUUGCUGAAACAGAAUCUGGAGAUGCAGCUUUGCCAGUCACAGACUUCUUUGCAGCAACUGCAAGCCCAGUUUACACAAGAACGACAGCGGCUUACCCAGGAGCUUGAAGAUUUAGAGGAGCAACAUCAACAAAGACACAAGUCCUUAAAAGAGGCGCAUGUCCUUGCAUUUCAAACUAUGGAGGAAGAAAAAGAGAAGGAGCAAAGAGCUCUUGAAGACCAUUUACAACAAAGACAUUCUGCAGAGCUUCAGUCAUUGAAAGACGCACACAGAGAGUCGAUGGAGGGCUUCCGGAUAGAGAUGGAACAGGAACUGCAGACUCUGCGGUUUGAGUUAGAAGACGAAGGAAAGGCGAUGCUUGCUUCCCUACGCUCAGAACUGAACCAUCAACAUGCAGCUGCAAUUGAUUUACUACGGCAUAGUCACCAUCAGGAACUGGCAGCUGCUAAAAUGGAACUAGAGAGAAGCAUAGACAUCGGCAGAAGACAGAGCCAGGAGCACAUGGGCAGAUUAACAGACCUCCAAGAGGAGUUAAGGCACAGAGAGCACCACAUCUCUGAUUUGGAUAACGAGGUCCAGCACCUUCAUGAGAAUAUCAAGGCCCUAACCAAAGAACUGGAAUUCAAGGGCCAAGAAGUGCUCAGAAUACGAAGCGAAUCUAACCAACAGAUGAGGUUGCAUGAACAAGAUUUAAACAAGAGAUUUGAAAAAGAGCUGGAUGUCAUGACAGCAGACCACCUGAGAGAGAAAAAUAUCAUGCGGGCAGAUUUUAAUAAGACUAACGAGCUACUCAAGGAAAUAAAUGCAGCUUUACAAGUGUCACUGGAAGAAAUGGAAGAAAAAUAUCUACAAAGAGAAUCAAAAGCAGAAGAUAUACAGAUGAUUACAGAAUUAAAAGCCAUGCUUUCAGAGAGAGACCAGGUCAUAAAGAAACUAAUUGAGGAUAAUAAAUUUUAUCAGCUGGAAUUAGUCAAUCGAGAAACUAACUUCAACAAAAUGUUUAACUCAAGCCCUACUGUUGGUGUGAUUAAUCCACUGGCAAAGGUACGUGCUGUACACACCUGUAUGAUAGAAAAGCAGCUGAAACUUGAUCCCAUUCCGAAUUCUCCAGUCCACGACAUUGAGUUCAACAGCAGCAAACCACUUCUACAGCCAGUGCCACCCAAAGAGUCCAAGACAUUUUUGAGUCCUCCUCAGAGUGAAGCUUCUCCGGUGGCUUCUCCAGAUCCCCAGCGCCAGGAGUGGUUUGCCCGGUACUUCACAUUCUGA